GAAUUUGUCAGACAACUGGAGGUCAGUGACCCAGACUUCGUGGCAAAGUUUUACCAAGCAGUUGCUGCUACAGCUGGUUCAAGAGGCUGCACCUGCCAAGAGUAUCCGUGUUGAGCUGGAGCCAUUUCAGAAUGGAUUGGUUUCACUGCAACCAAUGUUUCCGAAAAGAUGGGGCCCAUUUCUUUGUUACCAGYUGUGGCCAUAUUUUCUGUAAAAAGUGUGUGACUCUGGAAAAAUGUGCUGUUUGUGGAACUCCUUGCAAACAUCUGGCUCUUUCUGAUAAUGUGUGGAGUUUCCAGAAGAAACAAACAGAUCUCCUCAUCGCCUUUUAUAAGCAUAGAAUUACAAAGUUAGAAGCAGCCUUACAGGAAGCACAGCAAACAGUGGCCAGCCAGGACAAAGAGCUGUCAACCUUAAGAAAGGAGAAUGGAGAACUGAAGAAAUUUCUAGCCCUACUAAAGGAAUCUCCAAGUCGGUACCAAGGAAACAGGCUGACCACACCUCGACCAGUGGGCAUUACUUCUCCAUCACAGUCAGUUACUCCACGACUCAGUUUCCAGCAGAGCAGCCAAGUGGUCAGUCGAUCCUCCUCUGUGGAGUCUCUCCCUUAUAGAGUGGCUGGCUUUGGUAGUGCGGGCCAAGGAGGCAGAGGACGGCAGGGAAGGAGCACUCCCAGAGACUCUAAUGCUGAAACCCCUUCACCAGCUUCAACUCACAGCCUAUCUUACAGACCUUCAUCUGCCUCCUCUGGACAGGGGAUUUUGUCUUUCAAACCAUAUCUAAAUGGAGAUUCAGGCCACACAAGAGUCCUCACCCCUAACAAUUCUGGUCAGAGGGAGAGCAGAACCACACUAGAGAGUCUUCCAGGUUUCCAGCUACCAGUCCUUCAGACUCUCUACCAACAGAGGCAGAUGGUAUUAGCCAGGGAGAGAGAAUGGACCACUUCCAGAUAAGCCAUCAAGGUCUCAUCUAUACAUAUUGUUGAAGGAUGGACUGUAGUAUCCAGUACUCAUUAGCAGAGAUGACCUUGGAAAUG